UGUCAGCGUCUGCCCCGAGUCCUCAGGUGUGUGGGCGGUUCUUCCUGGUCGGUCCAACCCUCAGGAUGAUCUGAGCGAAUCAUAAACAGCUUCUGAUUGGACGAAACCAUGAGUGGCGGCAGCGGUGGUAAAAAGAGGAGUGGCUUCCAGAUCACCAGUGUGACAUCAGACUUCCACCUCAGCCCUCUGGACCAAUCAGCUCCGGGUUCCGUCCUGUCUGUCGUCCAAUCGGGUGCUACGUCCCCGCCCUCUCAGGGAAGCUCCUCCCAGCCGACCACUCCCUCCCUGAAAAGGAAGUUAAUUUCCCACGAUGCCCCGGGUCAGGGGGCGGGGUCUAUGUCCAGGUUCCGGGUGGUCAGGCUCGCAGUGGGCGGGGCUGGCAGCGGGGGGCGGGCCCGGCCAUACCGCCGUGGACGAUGGACAUGCACGGAGUUUGAAGAGCAUCAGGAGGGGGCGGGGUUUAGACGGGUGAUGGACAGCAUGAGACACGCCCACUCCCUGGAGUCUCUGGAGAUGAUUGGCCGAGACAAAGAGAGGGGCGGGGUUUGCUCUCAGCCAAUCAGAGUUGUGGGAGGGGUGGGGCUGGUUCUGAGGAGCGGACCUCCCUCCCCGACACAUCAGGAGCCAAUCAACAUCUUGCUUCUGGACCGCAGUGAGCCAACAGCAGCGCAGCAUUUAGACUCCGCCCCUCUACCGCCUUCCCCCCGCCCACGAAAUGCCCCUCCUCCUCUGCGAUUGGAUACGGACGCCGCAGGACGGUCUGUCCUCAGACUGUCUCACUCUCAGCCCCCCUCCCCCUCUGUUAGAUCGUUCCAUCCCACUCUGACCCCCGUCCAGACUCCAGGAGCCUUCAGUCUGGACCAAACCAUGUUCAGCCUAACAGGGGACACCAGCUCUAACAACAGUCUGGUCACCAUCGACAACAAGAUCGAACAGGCCAUGGACCUGGUGAAGAGUCACCUGAUGUUGGCGGUUCGGGAGGAGGUGGAGCUUCUACGAGAACAAAUCAGAGAACUGCAAGAAAAAAACGCACAACUGGAGAGAGAGAACCGCCUCCUGAGGACGAUCACACACACACACUGACACACACACACAACUGGAGAGAGAGAACCGCCUCCUGAGGACGAUCACACACACACACUGACACACACACACAACUGGAGAGAGAGAACCGCCUCCUGAGGACGAUCACACACACACACUGACACACACACUGACACACACACACACAGAUACACACACACACACACACACACACACUGACACACACACACAGAUACACACACAC